UCACACUCAGGACACACCCUGCCUACGAUACAGUGUAGUACAGUGCAGUGCAGUGGACAAGAGGUGAUAGAGAGACGGUGAGAGUUUGCAUAACAGGCAGCUACAGCCUGUACAGAGGGAGGGAUGGGAAUGCUGAAUCAGUGAAACUGCAUGAAAGCCUGGGAGAGGGUGGAAGAGGGUAAACGGCAGGGGAGAGGGAAGAGAAAGGAUAGGGACAGGGUAGACUGGGUAAGAUGUACAGUACGAUGCCUCGUCAUUCAUUUCAUCUCUUAUUUGUGAAUGUGGAGCUGACCGUUCACCCUGUUUUACCUCGAGUUAAGAGACUUUAAACAGACUUUUAAUCUCAGUGCUGCUUUAGAGUACAUUACAUUUGUAGGGUUUAAAGCCGGAACUGCCCCUUUACAGUUUCCAGCAAGCCAGAACAGCGAGAUGGAGGUAGACGAGGUGGUGUGUUUGCCAAGGUUGCCCCGGGUCGCUGUGUGCGGUGGUACACAUGGCAACGAGCUGUCUGGGGUGUACUUAGUGAGAGAGCUGCUGAAGGCAGAGAAGAAAGUGACGGAGAAGGAGGAGGAAGAACCCCCGUCAGUGCUGAUGGUGCUGUCAAACCCGCGGGCCAUGCAGCAGUGCCGCAGAUACGUCGACACCGACCUCAACCGCUGCUUCACCCACGCCAAGCUCAAUGGUCCCAUACCAGACGAUGCCCCCUACGAGAUAAUCAGAUCCAGAGAACUGAACGCCACGCUGGGUCCAAAAGGAAAUCCUGAGGCGGUGGAUCUUGUUUGUGACCUCCACAACACCACUGCCAACAUGGGCCUGUGCUUCAUCGCGUACUCUGACUGUGACUGGAUCUGCCUGCACAUAUUUAGACAUCUGCAGAGGCAGAUGCCUGAUGUACCAAUGAGGUACAUCCAUUUUGACGUCUCCAAUAAAGAAUCAUAUUCCCUUGAUUCAGUGGGAAAACAUGGCUUUGCCAUGGAGAUCGGCCCACAGCCCCACGGUGUGGUGAGGUCAAACAUCUAUACGGCAAUGAAAGUUGGUGUGCAGCACAUGCUCGAUUGGGUCCGUAUCUUCAACUCAGGUACUAUUUUUGAAGGAGGAUGUGUGGAUGUGUUCACUAUGAUUAAACACAUUGACUACCCAAGAGACAAUGAGACUCGAAACAUCACAGCAGCCAUUCAUCCUCAAGUCCAGGACCGAGACUUCUGCCUGCUCCACCCUGAAGACCCACUGUUCCAGACUUUCUCAGGCGAAACUCUGAGGUAUAAAGGCAAAGAACCUCUUUAUCCUUUCUUCAUCAAUGAAUGUGCAUAUUACGAAAAGGGCAUCGCUCUCUCCCUGGCAAGGAAAAGGCGUGUUACGAUUCCUGCAAUCCGGGUGCAGACAGAGCAGCAGCAACGAGCUAACGAACAGGAAUUUGCAUCAGAAGAAGAGGAGUGAGGAAGGACUUAACACACACAACAUGAUGAGAAUGAUGUGACUCUGAAAUAAAUUUUACAAAAAGCUUUUAUUGAAACAACAGCAGUUGCUUGGAACACGCACGUGUACGCUCGCUUAAACUCACACACGAUAUUUAGGUGCACAUUUAUCAACUGUUUCAGCUCAUAACUGGAGAGUGAACAUCACUGAAGAUUCACAAAAGCAGUCAUACAUGGACAUUUGCUGUUAUAUUUACGGUACAGUGGAUUCUGGGAUAGAACGAUUUCUUGACUUAAAAGGCUUAAUAUGCAAAAUACAAUCUAAUUUACCAUAAGACCCAUCAGACCACAUACAGUGCAUCAUUUCACAGGCAUUCUUUAGUUUUAUUGAGACUGGUGGUAAUUUAUACAUGUCUGCAAAUAUAUAGCAUAGUUUUUAGGGUACUAUUCUUUUCUAAAUUGAUUUUGUUUUGGGACACAUCUUCAAAAAAUAGAAAUAGAAAUUCACUAUGGACCAAUACAGCAAUAUUCAGGAUAUGUUCAAAAUAAUUUAAGUGCAAAGGAACACUGUAGAUUAGCACAAUAUGGCCUUUAAUUUACAUUCAGAAUGCCUAACAGGGAAACGCUGUUUCCAUUCAUUCCUGUUGAAUUGAAAUGGUUGUAACAAGUGAAUAAAAAAUAAAUGAACAAAUAUGAAUCAAAUAAAUAACAAACACAACUAUAUUCACAAAAUAAAACCAAUGUAUAUGAGCAUGUAAGGGCAACUAAACUAAACAAGAAAUGGUUAAAAACCACGACAAUUUUUAAAGCAUAACUUUUGAUAUUUUCUACAAAAGCCUAAAAAAAAAUCUGUCAAAACGAUAGUAAUGCUUGAAAAUAGUAAAUAAAACAAUUAAUUGGGUAAAGAAAUGUAAAACAAACACAAUCUGACCCUAAUAAUGGCCAUGAAUAAAUAAAUGUCACUUAAGUUAAAAAAAAGGAAUGUCAAUCUUUUUUGCAAGAACAGAAACGUAUAUACAUAAUAUUCACUGUCACUCUCAAUCAUUGAUGGCCACUGUCCCAGUCUGUGUUUUGAAGCAGCUAAAGUAAAAGACUUAUUGCACAACAGCAAACCUGUCAAAAUAAACAUAUUAUGAAUGCC